GGCGCGCGCCGCCAGCCUCGGCCUGUCCCUUCCCAGCCGCCGGGGCCCCUGCUCCCGGCUGGAGCCACCGAGGCGGAGGGGGACGGGUUCCUCUUAAAAGAGAAACGGCCGCGGAGCGCGCGAGGUGGAACUGUUACCCACCCCUCGCCCAGCCCCGGUUGAAAUUUCUCCGUGAGAGCCUCACGCCCCUUCCCCACAGCUCGCGCUUCUGCACUUCAGUAUGCUCGGGUCGGGCCACUGUUCUGACUUUGACCCUGUCUCCCUGCCUCCCCCUCCACCGCGCUGCUGCCCGGUCCUGGUGCCCAUGGCUUCCUCCCCGGUGGACGCAUCUCGCAGGCGGCAGGAGAAGCGGCGGCAGCUGGACGCGCGUCGCAGCAAGUGCCGCAUCCGCCUGGGCGGCCACAUGGAGCAGUGGUGCCUCCUCAAGGAGCGGCUGGGCUUCUCCCUGCACUCGCAGCUCGCUAAGUUCCUGUUGGACCGAUACACUUCUUCAGGCUGUGUGCUCUGUGCAGGUCCUGAGCCUUUGCCCCCCAAGGGUCUGCAGUAUCUGGUGCUCCUGUCUCAUGCCCACAGCCGAGAGUGCAGCCUGGUGCCGGGGCUUCGGGGGCCCGGGGGCCAAGAUGGGGGGCUUGUGUGGGAGUGCUCUGCAGGCCACACCUUCUCCUGGGGCCCCUCUUCAGGCUCCAUAUCUCCAGAGGAGCCCAAGCCAGUGUCCUGUCCGAAUACUGCCCGGAGAAGCUGGUGCCCGGAGGCCAGGAGCAGGUCGGAGCCUGCAGUAGGAUCUGCACCCUCUUCCUUCUUCCCCAGAGUCCUCCCACCACUUCAGACCUUAGAAGUAUACCUGUCCUCAUCCCCCAAGCCCAGAGUUCCUUCCCCUUUGACCCUACCUGUGCCAACAGGUUUGGAAUCUGAGCAUGAUGAGAGGACUCAGGAGGCCAGGUUGCCCAGCAGGGAAGUGGGACCCCUACUGGAGACCUUCCCAACCCCAGGAGAAGAGGGGGAGGAGGAAGAUGAGGAUGAAGAGGAGAUGCUCAGUGAUGCCAGCCCAUGGACCUACAGCUCCUCCCCAGAUGACAGUGAUCCAGAUGCCCCCAGAGUACUUCCUUCCCCUGUCACCCAUGCACUUGAAGGGGAGACACCCCCGGCCCCAGCAGCUCCCCUCAAUCCUCUUGCUGUACCAUCCUCAUCAACGUCAUCAUUGGGUUCUGGAGCUCUUCUGUCUACGGAAGUUGGGGUACAGCCGGAACUCAGAGGGACCCCUCAAGCAGCCCAGCAGACUGAGCCCCUGGCCAGCCCUGGGAGUCAGGCCCAGUCUGCUCUGACCUUGGCCUGGGAGGAGGACACGGCACAGAUCGGCCCCAAGAGAAUUAGGAAAGCUGCCAAAAGAGAGCUGCUACCUUGUGACUUCCCUGGCUGUGGAAGGAUCUUCUCCAACCGGCAGUAUUUGAAUCACCACAAAAAGUACCAGCACAUCCACCAAAAGUCCUUUUCCUGCCCAGAGCCAGCCUGUGGGAAGUCCUUCAACUUUAAGAAACACCUGAAGGAGCAUGUUAAACUGCACAGUGACACCCGGGACUACAUCUGUGAGUUCUGUGCCCGGUCUUUCCGCACCAGCAGCAACCUCGUCAUCCACCGGCGCAUCCACACUGGAGAGAAACCCCUGCAGAGGUCUCCCUGACUCCCUGCACCUACGCCCCAGGGGGAGGGCAGGGAGGACGGCGGACGGGAAGAGCCGACCAGGGAAGUAGAUGCAGGGGCGCGGCAGCAGUCCAGGUGACGGGCUACCGUCGGAGACGUGGAAAGGCGACCGGCAGCCACGCUGUCUACACAGCCCUCCGUCCCCGUGGCAGCGUAUCCGCGCUUGCCUAGCCCACGACAGACGAGCUGCUCGGCAAGUGUCCCUCAACUAGGACACAGAGAGUCCGGCUUCUCCUGUCCUGCCUGCCCGGCAAAGAUGAGCGCAGCCCCCGCCGUGGCCUGGGCGGCCUGGGCGGCCUGGGCGGCGGCCCGAGCGCGCGCGUGCGCCCGCUGGUGCUGCGAGAGCGAGCGGCUGUGGCUGAAGCACUUGCCGCACUCGGCGCACCGCGCCGGCCGCUCGCCCAGGUGGGUCUUGCGGUGCAGCGCCAGCUUGGAGCCCACGCCGAAGGCCUUGCCGCACUCGGGGCACUUGUGCGGCUUGAGCCCCGCGUGGUUGCGCCGGUGCACGUUGAGGUUGGACACGCACGUGAAGCGUCGGCCGCACAGCUCACAGCCGUAGGGCUUCUCGCCCGUGUGCGUGCGCAGGUGCUUGGUGAGGUCGGAGCGGUCGCUGAAGCGGCGGCCGCACUCGGCGCACGGGAAGGGCCUCUCGCCCGUGUGAAUGCGCUGGUGCACCACGAGGUCGGAGCGCUGCCCGAAGGCCUUGCCACACGUGGCGCACGCGUGCGGCCGCUCUCCCUGGUGGCUGCGCCGGUGGCGCAGCAGGGUGGAGCUUUCGCUGAAGCGGCGCCCACAGUCGCCGCACGCAUAGGGCUUCUCCCCCGUGUGCGUCCGCUGAUGGCGCACCAGCGUGGCGCUCUCCGGGAAGCCCUUUCCGCACUGCGGGCACUUGAAAGGCUUCUCGCCCGAGUGCGUCUGCAGGUGUCGCGUCAGCGUGGAGCUCUUGCCAAAGCUCUUCCCGCACACGCCGCACCG